ACCGGGGCUCUCCGGGGAGGAGAAGGAGGAGGAUCGGGUGAAAGUGGAGCAAAAGGAAAGAGAAAGAACCGUCCCCUCGCACACUCAGAAGUAUGCGGGGCUCGUCCUUACAGACCUUACGUCAGUCGGGACUCUUCAACAGGCUGUCAGCCGCGGUCCGGACCCAGACAGAGGUGGUGGAGGAGAUCAAGAUGACAGAAAGGGCACGAGGAGGAUGUAACACACCUGCGGGGAGCUGCGUGGCGAGCGUUUAACGCGGGACUCAUUCCGGAUUCAAUGCAUUUGCACUUUCACACCAGUGAUGAGUUGGCUCCUGUUGUGGAUUCUCACUGCCGCCGGGAUUCAACAGGCCUACUCCCAGAAUUCCACUGCCAUGCCACCCACCACAGCAGUCACUACCCAAGUUGCCGACCUCUUCAACCGGACGCAGUACUGCAAGUGGCCCUGCGAGUGUCCUGAGGUCACCCCAGCCUGUCCGCCAGGCAUCAGCCUCCUCAUGGACGGCUGCGACUGUUGUAAGGCCUGCGCCCGGCAGGUGGGGGAGGUGUGCAACGAGGCUGACACCUGUGACUACCACAAGGGACUGUACUGUGACUACAGCUCGGACAAGCCUAGGUACGAAAAAGGAGUGUGUGCAUAUAUGGUGGGAACCGGCUGCGAGCAUGAUGGGGUGAUUUAUCGUAAUGGGCAGAGCUUCAGUCCCAGCUGUAAAUAUCAAUGUGUGUGUGUGAACGGUGCCAUCGGCUGUGUCCCUCUGUGCACAGAGUCCCAGCCUCCGCGGGUGUGGUGCCAAAACCCGCGCAGGGUCAAAGUCCGAGGGCAGUGUUGUGAGCAAUGGAUCUGUGAUGAAUCCAAAAGAGGGCGUAAGACAGCGCCGCGGCACGCAGUAGAGGCUCCCCCAGCUGAAACCAGGAGCUGGCACAAGAACUGCAUUACCCAGACUACCUCAUGGAGCCCCUGUUCAAAGACGUGUGGCCGUGGUCUGUCCAUGAGGAUCUCUAACGCCAAUGACCAAUGUGAGCUCAUCAAAGAGUCUCGCCUCUGCAACCUACGGCCCUGUGAGGUUGACAUCACCAAACACAUUAAGCCGGGGAAAAAAUGUCUAAACAUCUACAGGGAAGACCAGCCCUCAAACCUCACCAUCUCUGGCUGCACCAGCAAGAAGCAGUACCGGCCCAAAUACUGCGGCGUCUGCACCGAUGAGCGCUGUUGCAUCCCCUACAAGUCCAAAACCAUCGACGUAGACUUUGAGUGUCCUAACGGGUCUGGGUUCACCUGGAAGAUGUUGUGGGUCCAGGCCUGCUUCUGCAACCUCAGCUGCAAAAACCCCAACGACAUCUUUGCAGAGCUGGAGAGUUACUAUGGUUACCCAGAAGUCAUGAACUAACAGGUGUCAGUCAUGCUCUCUGCCUUCGGGAGCAUCCACACCAAACCUGACCUAUUUGUGCUUUGCAGUGUUUUGUAUUUGUGUUGUGUGUGUUGAAGUAUAAGGGAUUUUCUUAUUGUCUUUUUUUUUUCCUAUUGGAAAAUGUGUAAAUAUACUAAAUUGCUAAAUAUUUUAAGAACUGUUUUGCACAAAAAAUGUAAGAGUGUGAAAUAUUGAAGGCUUAACUUAUUUAUGGAGCUUUUUGAUUUGUAAUAAUAUUUCUGCCAAACAUUGUCUGUCUUUAACAUACAGGUAGAUGCUUAUUCUUUCUGUAUAUAUUUUACUUUAAAUGCCAUCAUUUGUUCUUAUUUGUAUGUUUUCAAAGGAAGAAAUGGACCAAAAUGCAAAAGACAAAGGCUUAUUUUAUGCCCACGUGUUUAAAUAUGCAAUAAAGACACGAUGAGGGAAGAUCAGUUACAAGUUUUUUUUUAUUAUUUUUAUAAUAAAUACAAACUGUUAUGUCAUUGUAAUGCUUUUCUACAGCAUUACACUGUUUUGAAUAGCAUCUUUACAAAGCAGCUGUUCUUUAAAGUAAAGCGUUGCUGUAGUGCAAGUACAAUACAGGAGCAGAAGGUGUAAGGUAAGUUCUACAGCUAGCCUCAUGUUAACAUGUGGAGCCAUCACGUCGCUCACCCAAAGACCCACAACCACAUCUACAGUGAACAAAUCCAUGGCACAUCUUUGUUCCUAUGAGCUUGAUUGCAUAGAAAUCCUCAUAAAAAAAGUUUUGUCUGAAGCCAUGAUCCAUUAAUAAAGCAUAAGAUAUAAAAGAUUUUGAAUUUGUGAUCCAGGCUGCGUUUUGAUUUACAAACAAAGCACACAGUCUCAUUGGAAUGUAAUAAAAAAGUUAACACCAGAUUCCUGAAAAGACCGCAGACAGGAAACUGUUAAAAUUACAGGGAAUGUUUUGGAUAACAGACAUUUGUAAAAAAUACAAGUUUAUUUGCUGUGUAUGAAUGACACACAUGAAGUCUGUCCCUUCAUUUUCAAAGUUACAAGGCAAACUGCCAGUUUUAUUUAUCUAAGUGCCUCCCCAUCCUCUCCACAUCUACAAAUCUGCUCCUAAGCACAAACAACAAAACCUCAAACAUGGAAAAGGGAAGAGUAAAUGAUCAAAAAAAA